AUGAGCGACACCUGGCGCUGGCUGCAAGGAGAAUUGGAAGAGCUCAAUGUUGGAGCUGCUUUAAUUCUGUGCGCUGAUCACCUUGACAAGAGCAGCAUCGAUCAAGCCCGAAAGUUGGCGGAAGACAAGGCUGUGCGCUUGGAGAUUGCUGAUGCGAUUGACCAUCCGAGCUAUCCCAUAGUGAGCAAGGCUCCGGGCUACCCAUUGUUGACAGCGCUUGAGCUGGCGACCUGGGCCCGAGAGAGAAAGCAGAAACUGCUCAUCAACUGCUGGAUGGGCGUCAAUCGUGCAGCUGCCAUUUCUGCUGCGGUCAUGAUGGAAGUCGAGAAGCUGACGCUGGUCCAGACCGCUGAGAUCUUGGCUGCCAAGCGGGGCCGCUUGGCCUGGACGGCGAGCCUGGGAGUCCGGAAAGCUUACAGCAAGGCACAGGUGCUGCACGCACGUCAGAGAUGA